AAGAGAAAAGAAAAACUAUAUAAAAUGCUAACCAAAAAAUCCAACCAUAUAUAGAAGUUUAUUAAUACUAAGGGCAUGUGCAUCAAUGGUAUUUCCCCCAGUCCCUCACGUUAAACGAGAAGAAAAAAAAAACCAUAAAACAUUAAACUUUACCAUCGUAUAUUACUAUUAGCGGACCCCACUGACACGUGGUGGCUCUUGAAUGAUUAUCGUUUUUUUUUUUUUUAAUUUAAAAUAAAGAAAAAAAAAUGUUGGUAGGACGUCAAACGGCUGCGCUUGCUCUAAGAAACAAUCAAACAAGGAGCUAAAACAUACAAAUAAUGUUGACUUUGACUAUGAUCUUGCACUCGUACCAUCGAUGGUAAUGGCACCAGGACCAUCGGUGGCAGUGGCACCACGACCAUCGGCUACACCAGGACGACCUGAACGAGAGGACCAAGUCUUGCCUGACCCAAUAACUUGUUUCCACGACGUGAAAGCAGUUCCAAAGUGUAUGGAAGCAGUUUUGGAAUUCCGAUACAAAGAGGUUACAAAGAAAUGUUGCAAAGUUAUGCUCUCUCUUCCCGAGAGUUGUUUUGGGGUUUUGUUUCCUAUUCCUUUUCUCUACCAUCUUAUUCUUAAGGCAGCUUGCAAAUUCAUUAACAAAUGAUGAGAUUUUUUUUUUUGUAAUAUUAUGUUCUCUAAUCAAUGUCAAUAAAUAA